AUGCGUGAAAUCGUGCACAUUCAGACCGGCCAGUGUGGUAACCAAAUCGGUGCCAAGUUCUGGGAGGUGGUUUCCGACGAGCACGGCAUCCAGCGCGAUGGUCUCUAUAAAGGGGAUAAUGACAUGCAGCUCGAACGUAUUUCGGUCUACUACAAUGAGAUCGGCUCAAACAAGUACGUUCCCCGUGCCGUCCUUGUCGACCUCGAGCCCGGCACCAUGGACUCCGUUCGCUCUGGUCCUCUUGGUGGCCUUUUCCGCCCCGACAACUUCAUCUUUGGUCAGAGCGGUGCUGGCAACAACUGGGCGAAAGGACACUACACGGAGGGAGCUGAGUUAGUCGACUCGGUGUUGGAUGUCGUUCGCAAGGAAGCUGAGGGUACCGACUGUCUCCAAGGUUUCCAAAUUACCCAUUCGCUUGGUGGUGGUACCGGUGCUGGAAUGGGAACCCUGCUUAUGUCCAAGAUCAGGGAAGAGUACCCUGAUCGCAUGAUGUGCACGUACUCCGUGGUCCCAAGUCCGGCUGUGUCGGACACCGUUGUUGAGCCAUACAAUGCUACUCUUUCGGUCCACCAACUAGUAGAGAACUCCGACGAAACCUUCUGCAUUGAUAACGAGGCCCUUUACGACAUCUGCUUCAGGACACUCAAGCUUUCGACCCCAACGUAUGGAGACCUCAACCACCUUGUUUCCUUCGUUAUGUCCGGCAUUACAACAUGUCUGCGCUUCCCCGGUCAGCUGAACUCUGACCUGCGGAAACUCGCUGUCAACAUGGGCAUGUCUUCUUUGCUUCCUUUCCCCCGUCUCCACUUCUUUAUGACUGGUUUUGCGCCUUUGACUGCUCGAGGCAGUCAGCAAUAUCGCGCUGUCACUGUUCCGGAAUUGACACAACAAAUGUUCGAUGCCAAGAACAUGAUGGCUGCCUCCGACCCAAGACACGGUCGCUACCUUACGGUCGCUGCUGUGUUCCGUGGUAAAGUCUCGAUGAAGGAGGUCGAGGAGCAGAUGCAGAACGUGCAGAACAAGAAUUCUGCUUACUUCGUCGAGUGGAUCCCCAACAACGUCCUCUCUGCCCAGUGUGACAUUCCUCCCCGUGGCGUCAAGAUGGCAGUUACCUUCCUCGGUAACUCGACCGCCAUCCAAGAACUCUUCAAGCGUGUCAGUGACCACUUCACGGCCAUGUUCAAGCGCAAGGCCUUCUUGCACUGGUACACACAGGAGGGUAUGGACGAAAUGGAAUUCACUGAGGCCGAGUCGAACAUGCAGGACUUGAUUGCCGAAUACCAGCAAUACCAAGAUGCAACAGUCGAGGAGGAGGGUGAAUACGAAGAGGAGGUGCAACACGAAGAGGCAGAGUAGACACUAAAAGCACCGAUGUGCCUCAUGAUUGAUUUCUCUUUCCCGACGAAAACUUUAGGUAUUCAUUAUAUUGGUGUUUUCGUGUCCAAUGCCUCGACUGUCUUUUAAUUCACGUCCUUCAACGUUACCCUAGCUAGCAGAUAUCACGCGUUUUUUUCCUUCAUUCUCUAUUACCACAAGGGAUGAACUACAAUCGGAAACUGAAGUAUACCCGACAAAUCCCGUGUGAUUUUCAACACAAAACAACACAAGUUACAGAACGUUUUCAGUACUGUCCAGUAUCGCUUUGCUCCGCAGGCA